CAGCCCCGAACUCGCCCGCGCCUGAGCGCGUGGUCCCUCGGCGCUGGGACGCCAGCGAGGUUGGGACCGAUGUGGCGCAUGCGUGGUGGCACCACCAGACACGGGAGUUGCGGCGGCAGGGGCAGCGGCGGGGCCAGCCGCGGGCAGGGCCGACCAGGCCGGGCUCGUGGGGUUGGCAGUGGCAGCAGCUGCGGCGUGGGCUGGCGAGGCCGUGCGGGCGGCGCCCAGCAACAGCUGGAGGAGCGGUUCGCCGACCUGGCGGCGAGCCAUUUGGAGGCCCUUCGCGCGCGAGACGAGCGGGACCGGCAAAACGCGCGGCUGCGUGAGGAGAACGCCCGACUGCGGCUUGAAAACCGGCGGCUGAAGCGCGAAAACCGCAGCCUCUUCCGUCAGGCCUUGCGGCUCCCCGGCGAGGGCAGCGACGGAGCGCCCGCGGAGGCGGCGGCGGCGGGGGAGGCGGUGGCGGCGGCGGCGGCGACGGGGACCCCAGGCUCUGAGGGGACCGGCACAAACCCGAGGGCGAGAGGCGGCGGCCCCGAUGGCGAGCUGGGCAGCCCCAAAGCCCUGCGGGCCCGCCUUGAGAAUUUGGAGGCCAUGUACCGCAGGGCCCUGCUGCAGCUGCACCUGGAGCAGCAGGGGCCACGCCUGCGUGGAGACCAGGAGGAGCUGCCUCUGCAUGAACCCGAACCCGGCCUCAAAGCCUGGGACCUGGAGCCCCCCGAGCACUGGCUGUAGAUGGAGGCCGAAGCCGGAGAGGGGCGGGGCCUCACGCGGGCCCCUCCCCCUGGGCUCCCGGCUCCCCCCCAACCUAGCGCCCUCCCUGGGUUGCGCUAGGCCCCGGAAACUGGCCUGCUGAGCUGGUGUGCGGGACUCUUCACGGAGGCUGAGAAGGGUGCAGCCCUCUGGAGGAGACCCCACGAGUACAGAGCAUCUGCCUCUUCCCCUGCUGGUGUCUGUGGAGACAGGCCUAAUGACGGGAAGACGGGUCUUAAAACAGGAAGAAAUGUGUCAGGCAACAUGUCCUAAUGCCUGAACUUUUGUGGGUGUUGUAAGGAGCUGUUAUAAUUUUUUUCUCUAUUUUGGGUUUUUGAGGGAUGAAUAAUGCCUUUUGAGUUGGUUGUGUUUUGUUGUUCUUUCUAAAAUCCCCUGAAGCCUCUAGCCAUAAUCUGUUCUGUGGCCAACAUUCUAAGUAUCGUUUUUAUAAAUUGAUAUUACUUGGAUUUCUUAUAAAGUACCACCCUUUUUAUUAAAAAAAGGUAUUAUUUAUAACUUAGGAACUCAGCCUGCCCCUGGCUCUAGUCCUUAUACAUCUAAUAUAUAUUGAUUUGUUUACCCCCUACCCAGGGAUUUUUAAAGUUCUGCCUAUAAGUGAUCCUUUGAAUUGGUAAAUAAAUCUGGUGCAUUAAAUGUAACCUAAAAAAUCCCACGACUAUUAUUUAAAGUUUGUUAAAUGUUUACAUGUUUCUUUAAGAAAUAUGUCACAUGUUUUAAUAUCUAACUUCGGUUAUCUUUUGCAAGCUAUCUUUUAGUCAUGUAUAACCGAGCAUUUUAAAUAAUCUGAAGAUAGUGUAAACACUUCAUUAUUUUUAGUACAUUGAUAUUAGAGUAUCACAGCUACUUCUCCUAAUUUUGACUGCUUAAGAAUUUUAAAGAAAUUAUGAAUUAUCUGUAUAUCAGAAGCCCUAAAACAUGAUUAAAGUCUCAACUGUGAUUUCAAUGGCAAAAAGUCAUUAAUUCUAACAGCAAAUGUUCUAAAAUCACUUCAGUGUAAUUUGUUAAUGAAUAACACUUUUGCUUACUGAGUAGUGAAGAGGUUACCAUUGUACCUGAUAAAAAUCAUGGGUGUAAGAGAGUGUAUAAGUGCUGGAAAACACUUAUACAGAUCAAGAAAAAGAGAAACCAUGAGAAGAAUUUUUAUUAUAGCUCAAAAAAAAAAUCAUGACUUCGAGUUUUUAUUUUAUUUGUGGCAUGCUCCACAAGUUUCAAAUAUAUAGCAUAUAUUACCAAACAAGGUACUAAGAAAAACAGUUUUGUGAGUUUUGUAGUCCUGGGUUUUGAAGACACUUUGUGCAUUUUUUUUAAGGUAGUUGAUAUUUACCAUAUUUUACCAUACAUAAUGCGCACCCAUGUUUUUGGCCCAAACUUUCAGGAAAAAAAAUCUUUUAAUUUUUUAAUUCAAUUUAUUUAUAUUUAGAUACUUGUUUUUUGUAUUAUAAAGGAAUUUUAGCAUUUAUUUUUGAACAUAUAGUACAAGAAAUUUUAUGUAACAUGUAAUUACAAAAUAUAAGAACAGAUACAAGGUACAAGAAAUUUUAUGUACUGGUAACAAAUUAGUACUACCCAUGUAUACUGUGCAUCCUUAUUUUUCCCUCAAAAGUUUGGGCAAAAAAGUGCGCAUUAUACAUGGAAAAAUACAGGUAGUUGUGAAUAUUAAAUUCUUCCCCUUUGACAGAAAUAUAAGAAGAAACAGUGUGAAUAGGUAGAUAAAACAUAUUUCUCUCCCCUUCAGUUCAUUUUCUAAUUAUGCAAGAAACUAAAUAUUUUUAGGUGUCAGUGGGAAUUGAAGAAAGGGAAAAAGCAUAUCAGCCCUACUGCUUCUUAAGUUUGGGGUUUAGUUAAUCUCUCGUCAUUAAUGAACAUAAUCUACCUAAAAAUGUUAUACAAAUUUUAGUGAGAUGGUUGUGUGCAAAAUGCCUGCUUCAAAAUAAGUGUGCUAUCAGUGAGAAUUACAAUCCAAAAUGUGAAAGUCAUGAAUGAAUAUUUUUCUGACACUUGCCUUUGCCUUCUGUAUUUUGGUCCUUUAUGACUUUAUGAGUAUUAGCAGAGAAGUGUUGACAUUUUUUUACUUGUUUAUUUACUAAUAAAGCAAACACAUAAAGCCCUAAGGGAAUAACAUAAUAAAAGUUAAAAAGUACUGCCCACUGUGGUAAAAUUGGGAAUACUGAACAAAAAAUAAAAAUGUUUAGUUUAUAUAGUUUUUAAACAUAUUUUGUCUUAAAACCAUGUGCAAUACAAGUAUGUAAUGAGGCACACACAAAAUAAGGACUAUUUUUUAGCUUAAUUCCUGAAAACUUAAAAAUUCUUAAAUCAGAAUGCCCCAUAUGAUGGGUUAAGGCUAAUUGUAUUUCAGCUUUGUUGAAGUUACUUAUUGAUAAUUGAUAAAUUAUCAUGAAAUAAUAAAAAGUUUUGUUAUAUUAAAGUAUAGACCUGUUUAAGAAAUGGGUAAUACUGGUUUUAGAAAAGUUUGAUCUGGGAUCUUGUUUAAAAUCAACUAAACCUGCAGAUCAUCAUACCUGUUAAAAUAACAUUUCAUUUUCAUAAUUUUGGAUUUGUUGUAUAAUGAAAAAAGGGCUUAUAAGUUGUAGAAAUGAGCAACAAAAAUGUGUCAGUGAGGAGAAUUGGUAUUUUUUUAAUCAGCAACUUUUUUUGCAUGGCUACUACUCACAAAAAUAUACUUUAAUCUGUUUUUAAUGAAAUUAAGAUAUAAGUCAAAGCAAUAUAAAAUGAGUACUUAUGUAGGUUAUAGAACACAUUUUUCUUGCUAAACUUCUUGAACACUAUAAAUAUUAAAGAUUACCUGUAAACAAUUUAUCUGUUGUUUAAAUAGUCUAAGAUUUAGGUUUGCCAAUUUAUGAGUAGUGACAGGAUGAAAUAAUACUAAAUUAAUAAACUGAAUUAUCACUGUAUAUUAAGUAAUUAUUAGCACCAUGAUUUUGAUUCUAGUCCAAAAUACUAUCUUCUGUUUUGCUACAAAGAAGAGAUUUUUACUUAGAAUUUGUCACAAAAUCUUCAUGGAAUGAUGAAAUUUAAUAUUUCUGUUUAGUGAUUAAUAGAUCAAUUAUAAAUUCUAUUCUACUAUAAACUUUUUUUGAUAUAUAUCUUAUCUACAGACAAUAUUUAAACAAUGCAAACAUGAACCAAAAAACAAAACAAAACACCACCACUUAGGUAAUAACCACCUCUGACUUUGUAAGGCUUAAUCAUAUUCCAAUUUCAAAUUAUAAAGUAUAUACUCAGAUUAACAUCUCUCAAUGAUCAGAAUUAAACUACACUGUGUUUAGUCCAUAGCAGAUUUUGCUUAUUAUUAAGUUCAUGUUCAGAAUCUACUUAUCAGAAUCAUCUUUGCAUAUUUCAUGAUUAUUUAGUAGGGAGUCCUUUUCUAAUUCUAAACUGUCAGACAUCUUUUGUACUUUGAGACAAUUGAGGAAGGACAACAGUGAGUUUGUUCAGCGCUUGAUUCUUACUUGAAUAAGUAGCAUUUCUUUUAUUUUUAUCUUUUUAUUGUUCAAGUACAGUUGUCUUCAUUUUCCCCCUCUCAGCUCUCCCCACCCCCAUUCAUCCCCACCUCCCACCCUUGAUACUAACACCCUUUGGCUUUGUCCACAUGUCCUUUAUACAGUAUUCUGUUCUAAAAAUUCAUUUGUCCAAGGGAGAAACUUGAAAAAUCUGUAUCUCAGCAAUUUUCUACUGGUGUGCCACAGGAAUUUUUAAAAUGUGUAAUACCUGACUAGUCAGGGGCACUGACCUCUUUUCCCUUAGAUUGUCAAAUAAAAAAAUGACAACAGCCAACACAAAAAUAGUUGUCUGGUGUGAAUGAAUCAAAAUUAUGCCUAUUUAUUUUGUCAGAUUGGCAAAAAAUAUAUUUCUUCAUUAAUAUAUUGCCUCAGGAUUUUAAUAAUUGGUUUAUGUGUGCCAUGAGAUGAAAAAGGUUGAAAACCGCUGAUCUAUCUUAUAUCCUAUACUUAGGACUAAUAAAUGUGUCCCUUGGCCUUUCAUUUUUCCAGGUCUCUUCACUUUAUCUUUGGCUUUAUCAUUGUAAAUAUAUAAUGUAUUUUAUAUUUUAAACUUAAUGGAUCUGCCUUUAUUAUGGUGAAGACUGUGUUGCUAAUAACCAAGAAACCCAAGGCUAUUAAAAACAAUUAUGAUUUUUAAAAAUCUAGUAAAAUUCCUGAUUCAGGGGCUUCUGGGUGUCAGGAAGGUCUGUUCCAUAUGGUCAUUCAGGGUCUCAGAUUCUUUUUGUCAUGUUCCUCUGCCUUGCCCUGUGUCAUUGUUUUGUCUGCAUGGUAAAAUAAUUUACUUCCAGAACCAGGUCUCAGCAUUGGGGGAAGGUAAAAAGAGGCCUAGCUAAAUCUGAAAAUAAUCAUAAAUUUUCCUGGUCACAUUCUAUUGGCAAAACUUCAUCACAUGUCCCAUUUAAUUUCAAAGGAGUCUAAGAAAUGUAGUCAAGC